AUGCCUGCCACUGAUUGGGAGCGACUAAAUUCAAUGCGAAAACGAGUGCUCCGCGAGCUCUUCUCCGCGACAGUCUGCGUCUCCGGGCAAAUGGAAACUAAGGCGUCGGCCGAACGGCCACGAGCUCGAGUUCUCCCUGACGUUGCAUCAUGGAUGGUCGAGUUCAUACCCCCUCCGGAACCUGAGGUGCUGCUGCCGCCGUUGCUCGCCUGUCUACCUACGGCCUUCGUCUCCAGCCGCCCUCCUCCCGCAUUACUUCCCCUUCUUUCUCCUAUACUGCGCCAGCGUGUUCAGAUCUUCAGCUCGGUGGCAAACUCGCCCUCAGACUCCUGGCUGCGUUUACUCUGCUGGGGAGACGAGAAGGCUGACCACGUCUCGCGCAACCUCGACGGUCUAGAGUUUGAGCCACAUCCCGUUUCGGGAGAGAUCGAAGUCCCCGAAGCAUUGUCCAUAACGUACAAACGUGUCGAUGAGGAGACGCUACGCUCAAAGUUGGAUCUCUCCGAAUAUAAGCUGAGCGUGAUAUAUGUUUGGUGCUCAGAUGAUCAGGACGGCGGCGGCCCGGGCUGGCGCAUUGCCGAGCUGGAGCCAGGCGAUGAUGCUUCGGACCGAUCAACAUGGUCGGAGAGUAUCAGCGAGGCCAAUGAGCAUGCGAGGGAGCGCAUGAUCGAUGACGCCCUGAGGGAAGCUGAAACUGGCAAGACACGCACGGAGGAAGACAACGAUGACGAUGAGGAUGACUACUGGGCACAGUACGACGACACGCCCGGAAGAACGCCGUCGGCAAAGACACAAAUAUCUCGCAAUUUCCAACCACCAUCAGUCGUAUCAGAAGACGCAUACUUUUCCCAGUAUGCCGACGUGCAGCCGGCGAUGGAUAACCAUGAUCCGUCCGAAGACACCGCUGACGCUGGCGCGUCGUCCCUGAAUGGCGAUAUCUUUGCAAGGAUUUUACAGCAGAGCGCCUCGGCCCGCGAGGCCAGGGACUCGGAAGCACAGGAGCAUGACAACGAGCAGGCGUAUGCCAUGUCUAAUACGGUGAGCCACCCACGGCCAGCAUCUGCUUCGUCCGGAUCGACCGUUGCAAAGCUGGAGCAGGAGGCAGAAAACCAGUCGGCCUCGGAAGUUGCUAUUAAACAGCACAUUGGCCAUAGCAUCAAAAGCCUGUACCGGCUGGCCAAGACGACUGGAAUGCAACGAGCGGAGUUUCAGAGCCUGAUCCGCACAGAGAUCGAGCUUCUUAGUUUGUCCGAUGAAGAUUAG